AUGAGUUUCCCUGAGGAGCCACCAGGGGGAGCUACUGCGUCUGCCUGGGGAGAAGAGAACGUGGGGCCAGAGGGCGCUAAUGAGCAGCAGAGGCCUUUGCCUGCUGGGGGGAGCGACCAGAAGAUUGCUGCCAGCCUCCAACUGAGGGGAGACCAGCCAGAUGAACCAGAGGAACUUGACAGGUCAGAAAGGCGAUCCUCUCCUGUGCCCAGUCUGAUGUCCAUGCAGAGUGACUGGUCCAUGCAGAGUGACCGGUCCAUGCAGAGUGACUGGUCCAUGGAGGGUCCAUGGAGAUUCCGUGGAGAAGGACAAGAAAAGGCCACUAAUGAAUCAGAUGUGCAGCUGUGUGAUGUUUGUCUAAGUCCAGCGGUGAAGAGCUGCCUGACCUGCAUGGACUCCUACUGUAUGAGCUGCAUCAGACCGCACUACUGUGAUCCAGACCUGCAGAGACACCAGCUGCAGGACCUCCAGCUACACGGGCAUGAUGCCACUGGGCAGGUGGGCACGGAUAGAGACCAGGUGCAGAUCAGUAGUCUGGGCAGGAUCCCCACAAGCCAUCCAUCAACAAAGAGCAUGUUCCUCCACCUGGACAGAUCCGGUUCCCCUCAGUGA